UUUAAAAACCUUUCUCUUUCCGGUUUCCAUCCCUCCCAUAUUCUCUUUCGAGAGAGAAAACAGAUUCCUUAAACAUUGCAAUUCUAUAAAUCAUCGGAUCAGAAUCAAAGAAAAGAAUGUUGCCCGUUUUGAAAUCUGGGAACGACAACGAGGAUGAAAAUCGACAUGUCUCGUCUCCGAUGACUCGAAAAGGCAUCUAUGCCGCAAUCUCUUACAUGGCUUGUGCAGUCCUGUUGAUAUUGUUCAACAAAGCUGCUCUUUCUUCAUACAAAUUUCCAUGUGCCAACGUCAUUACGCUUUUCCAGAUGGUGUGUUCAUCGGUCCUUCUUUAUACAUUGAAAUGCCGAAAAAUCAUCUCUUUUAGAGCAAAUAGUGAAAACCAUCAGAGUAGCAAAAACUUCCCUGGGAUUUUCAUACCAUUAAAUACAUUAAUCACGACUCUUCCUCUAGCCAUCUCCUACUUGCUUUACAUGUUGGUUUCAAUGGAAUCUGUUCGUGGGGUGAGUGUGCCCAUGUACACAACACUAAGACGGACGACUGUGGCAUUUACAAUGCUUGUGGAGUAUGUUUUGGCCCGCCAAAGAUAUUCAUUUUACGUCAUUGGCAGUGUAGGGAUAGUUAUAUUUGGUGCAUUUAUAGCUGGAGCUCGAGAUCUAUCAUUUGAUUCAUAUGCAUACACUAUAGUUUUCUCAGCAAACAUCUGUACCGCGAUAUAUCUUGCUUCAAUUUCUCGAAUAGGAAAAUCUAGCGGCUUGAAUAGCUUUGGCCUUAUGUGGUGCAAUGGUUUAAUAUGUACUCCAAUUUUGUUACUCUGGACAUGGAUCAGCGGUGAUCUUGAAGUCACGGCAAACUUCUCUUACUUAUCAUCACUUGGAUUCCAGGCUGUGAUGCUUCUGUCAUGUAUCUUGGCUUUCUUAUUAAACUAUGCAGUUUUCUUGAACACUACUCUAAACUCGGCUCUUACACAAACCAUUUGCGGGAACUUAAAGGACCUUUUCACGAUCGGACUUGGAUGGAUUAUCUUUGGAGGUCUUCCAUUUGAUCUGUUAAACGUGGUGGGACAAUCUCUUGGGUUUCUUGGAUCAUGUAUCUACGCCUUCUGCAAAAUCAGAGGGUUGUAAUAUGUAACCACAAUGCUAGUUUUCGGCAGAAGGUUCAUGGCAAGACAACUUUGCAUGAUUGACAAGACAAUUUUGGUUUAGUCAAGAAACAAUUUCAAAUCAGAAUUUUAAAACCAAUAUAAUUAGGAUGUUUCUUUCAUUCACUACCCAUUCAAUUUUGUUUUACUUAAUGAGAAAUUUUUUUUGAACUUUUAAA